AUGCGUGUGGUAGCACGUGAAGCUUAUCCCACACCAGGAUAUAUAUUACAUCGUGUCAAUGAAUCAUUGACUGAUCAUUCUUUGAUCAAUGAACAUUAUUUAGCACUUGAUAUUAUCGCGCGAGAAGCGAAAUCAAUUGAUUUCACAUUUUUAUUUUCGCAUGAACUCGAUGGUGAUUAUGAUAUUGCUGUUGUUGUUAAUAAUUGA